AUGGCAUUCAGGAGGCAAAUGAAAAACUUCAUGAAAAAUUAUUCAGAUGCUGAAAUAAAAGUCAGGGAAGCAACUUCUAAUGACCCUUGGGGCCCCUCUAGUUCUCUGAUGUUGGAAAUCAGUGAUUUGACUUUCAACACAAUUUCUCUCUCGGAGAUUAUGAAUAUGCUAUGGCAGAGACUCAGUGACCAUGGGAAGAACUGGCGCCACGUGUAUAAAUCCCUUACCCUAAUGGAUUAUCUCAUCAAGAAUGGAUCAAAGAAAGUUAUUCAUCAUUGCAGAGAGGGUUUCUGUAAUCUUCAAAUACUAAAAGACUUUCAACAUAUAGAUGAAGCUGGAAAAGAUCAAGGUUAUCAUAUCCGGGAAAAGUCUAAGCAAGUCAUAACAUUGCUAAUGGAUGAAAAGAUGCUGUACAAAGAGAGGGAAGUGGCAUGUCGAACUAGACGACGUACCUCCUACUCCAUGACAUUUCCUAAAAGAUUACCUAGUACAGGUAACUCACCAACAGCAUGUGCAUCUGCCCCCACACCAGAAAUUCCUGCUUCAGAGAAGAAGCACCAGCUUCUUAAGGUGGCAAGACUACAUCCUAAAAGAGCUAUAGAAAAAGCAGGAUUGAAACAAGAGCAGCACCAAGACAUGCAGUCGCCUGGUGACACUGUGUUGUCCCAGGAAAUUCUACCACUCAAGAUAAAUGCUUGGAAAUCGACAGAGGACCUGAUGCUGUACGAUGAGGAUCCAAAUCCACUUUUGCCAACAGUACCUCCUUCCAUUAUCUCUUCAACUAGGUGGUUGUCAGAAGGACAAGCAGAAGUUUGCAAUCUCUGGGAUACAGAUGCUGUACCUACUCCCUCAGAAAAAAGCCCAUCUCUGCAGACAAAUGAGUUGGACAAGAAAUCAGAGAAUACCAUUACAAGUACUAUAGCAGAGAACCCCCUGCAAACACGGCAGGCGGCUUUGCCAGCAUUUUGGUCAUCGAGUAAAGAAGAGUUUAUCAGUCCCAAUGAAAGGAUAUCAAAGUCAGACUCUACUUUCUAUGACCAGUCCUCUGUAGAGACACUCUAUGUCUCUCCCUCAUUCAAAACAUGUCACCCCGCAAAGGAGAUUGUAAUCAACAAGGACCUUCAGAAACCAGUGCAGGCCAGCGUCAUUCAGAAGCAUGAUGCAGACCUCAAGACCCCAACCACAUGGGUUCCAACUACCUCUGAGGGAACAUCUUCCUUUUCUACUUUAUCCACGUCACCUCCUGACUUGGGCCCUCCAGAGAAGUCAGUUCAUUGCGUACCCCCAAACUUGCCUGGAUCUUCCUUCUGGACUUGGUCCCACCAGCAGUCACCUUCUGCCCCCCUGCAACAUAAAGACAAGACAGCCAAGGCCCAACACCAUUCUGCUCCCAGGGGUGCACUGUUUCCCAAUGAAGAGGAAAAUGACAACCUCCAUCUACUGGACAUCCUUCCAGAUAAUUCUGAUUCUGCUAAAAAGAAGACAAAACCUAUUUCCAGCAGUAACUGGGUAGAGUUUUCUGCCCAAAAUGUAGACCACUUCCCCUCUGUGCCCAGUUCUGGUUUUCAGCCAACCACAGACUUGCCUGAGGACCCCGAAGCAAACAAUUCCAUUAAAGUUCUUCUGGGGGAGGUUAAAGGGGCAGUAGUUAGACUUCACGAAGAUCUGAGCAUGGUGAUACAAGAACUCAGUGUCAUCAGUAGCCAUCUCAUGAGCAUGAGUGGGGGUGGGCUGCAAACCAGCAGAUCUCUGCAGGACCCACAGUCUUCUGAGGGCAGUUCAGAUCAAAUCUAAUCAUUUCAACUGACAUUUUGAUAGAACUCGGUGGUUCCAUGUAUCAAAAAUUUAUGUUAGCAUUUUCUAGAUUCCCAUUACCAUG